AUGGAGAAAUAUGAAAGAAUCAUGGAAAUUGGACGUGGGUCGUAUGGGGUUGUGUGGAAAGCCAUGAAUAAGCAGACCGGAGAGGUUGUUGCGAUCAAGAAACUCCUCGAAGAAUAUCACACAGCGGAAGAAUGCAUGAACUUGAUAGAAGUCAAAUCACUCAUCAAGAUGGCCAAUCAUCCGAAUAUCGUAAAACUUAAGGAGGUCAUACGAGAAAACAACACACUAUUCUUGAUAUUUGAAUGCAUGGAAUGCGAUCUCUACAAGCUUAUGGUUGCAAGAAUGAAGUCGUUCUCAGAAACCGAAAUAAGAAACUUGUGCUUCCAAAUCUUUCAAGGUCUUGCACACAUGCACAAGAAAGGCUACUUUCACCGUGACCUCAAACCUGGGAACCUUCUUGUAUCCAAGAAUACGGUAAAGAUCGGCGAUCUUGGUAUGGCCCGCGAGACGAAUGGUAAACCGCCAUACACUCAAAAUGUUACAACGUUAUGGUAUCGUGCUCCGGAGGUGUUUCUACGUUCGUCAUUUUACAAUUCUUCGGUUGAUAUGUGGGCUGCUGGUGCAAUCAUGGCUGAGUUAUUUACCAACCAACCAUUGUUUCAAGGUUCUUCUGAAGCAGAUGUAAUGCAUAAAAUCUGUAGAGCGUUAGGCACCCCAACUGAAAGUACGUGGUUCUCGGGACUUGAUCUUGCUGAAAACAUAAGCUAUCAGUUUCCUGAUUUUCCUGGUGUGCGGUUUACUGAACUAUUGCCGAAUGCAAGCUCUGAUGCGGUUAAUCUUAUUGCAUCACUUCUUUCAUGGUGUCCUUGUGAAAGGCCCACAGCCAUUCAAGCUCUUCAGCAUCCUUUCUUUCACGGCUGUUACCGCGUGCCUCCAACCGUCCGCCUUGAAGACACAUGUUGUAACAUUCUUAAUUCCGUACCACUCGUGUUCCGAAUCGCAAGGCAACGAGAGCUGUUGAAGGGGACAAGAAGCUUAAGAAGUUGUGCGAGUGGGUCAGAAAGAGUGGAUCCAUGUGAAGACCCGAUUUGCAAGCUCCGGUUAAAUCCAUUUGUAUUUUUGAAGUAA